GGUGGAUCGGUAGUUCAGUAGUUCAGUACCCUGGCCCCGCUCUGGAUAUGGUUUCUUCGCGCCCUGAGCAGCGAUUGUUGGUAUGCCUUUUUGCUGUGGCAAAUGCAGGGCUCGAUUUGUCUGCCCAUUCGGGUCCACCAGGCGCUCUUUCUGCAAGCACGUCGGGGAGUCGCAACACAAAGCUGCUCUAUCCUCUUCUUCCUUUUCUUCUUCUCCUUCGAUUUCCUCUCACUCUUCCGAUUUUGACCCCGUCCGAUCCUCGUUUGAUCCUCGUUUAACAUCGAUUUUCUUAGCACACUUCCUCGACUCGUGUAUCUUACCAAGGCACAAAGACCUCGGCCGCUCAUUAAGCAUACACAUUCUGCUCUUUCGCUUUAUAAGUCGAGUUCACCUGGCAAGAGCAGCGACCAGAUUCAACACACACAGUUGCCAGAGGAAAAGGCUAUUUAGUGACAAGGAUUAUUGGCAUUCAUUGAGGAGCGCUGCCUGUUUAGAAGAUUGUCCCAGACCAGCAACUCGUCUGUCUCACAUCAAUCAGGCUGCCGUUGAUCACCCAAUACGGGCCCUCGAGGAUCUCUCGGGUAUCCACCUUAAGAAGGGCAGGACAAUCAGCUGGAUAUUCUAGCCGAUAAAGGGCUGCCACCAUGACAUACAACUUUGACAGCUCGUCCUUCAGCCUGGACCAAGCUGGGCUGGAACUGUCGCUCAAUGAUUUUGCGUUUGAUGCAGCCCAAGCUAGUCAAGUCCAGCAGCGUCUUCAGCAGCAGCAGCAGCAGCAGCAACAGCAACAGCAACGGCAUCUCCAGCAGCAGCAACAACAGCAGGAGCAGCAGCAACAGGAGCAGCGACAACUUCAGAGCCUCCUCCUUCGUAACGACCCUUCCCAGCAGAACCAAUCUGCCUCCAGCCAACCCCAACCACAGCAUACCAUGGUUGAGACCCCUACGACAUCUCCCCUAGAUACCUAUGACUUUCGCUCAUCGUCCCUCAGCAUCGAUAUGAUGAGC